GGUAAAAGGAGGCAAAGCUCGGCUACAGCCAAUCAGAGCGUGGAGCGGUUUAAAGGCAUUUUAAUACAGGGAGAUUUGAAUUUAAACAGAUAAUCAAGGGAGUAAAACAAGACACAGUGUCGCAACAGCAGCAGAAAGUUGUUUGUAUAAAAUAAAUAUUAUUCUUCGACCCCUGUACCGGGUCUCCUGUUAGAGGUUUGAUGCAGCGACGAUCACACAAAGGACACUGAGCCGGGGAAACAGCGGGGUGGGAUUACAAUACUGCGGCAUGGCCUAAAGAAACAGUGGUAUGUGUUGUAUUUAUAUAACGCCAUUGUACAGCUUGUAAUAUUGUUCAUCUCAAGUGUAUGUGCGGGUCUCGGUCUCUUAGUUCGUUUUUUGUAGGGUUGGUGUUUGUUCACAGAUAUAUAUCUCUUAUGAAAGUAAAUUGAUCAGAGUAGUUCUAUUUAGUUAUCACAAUUGGAAUAAUACGAUAAUCUGUGUAAACGUUAAAACUUGCUCGUGGCAUUUAGGAUUUUAAUACAGCUAGACAACUGUAUUAUUAUUAGUAGUAGUCGUAGUAGUAGUUUUAUUUUUGGUGAAAAUAUCUGGCUGAUAGUCAUCUUAAUCACUGCGUUUCUAACUCUCCACUGUCUUAAGAUAUGUACUCAUGGCUGUACACCAUGAUAAUGUGUUAAUCUCGGUUUGUAGAGAGCAACUAUGGAUUCAGCUAAGAGUGAAGACGACCCCCCUCGCUGGAUAUGGAAAGAAGUCAAUAGAGGAUGGACCCAAACGUGUGCCCGUGUCUCAGAAACAGUUGCCUGGCAGUGCGACCCCGACCCAGCGGGUUCUCUGCAUCGCAAACGGACCUCAGCGUGUACUGAGGCCACCCGCCCAGCAGAAACCAGGCCCCCAAAAGCAGCCACUAUUCCAGACUCCGUCAAACAAGAACACAACAUCAAACCAGAAUGUACCGCCAAAACCAGCGAGCCAACCACAGCCCCAAGUUCAGGAGCCCAACAAAGCAACAGAGCUGGCAAACCAGGGACAGGUUGCUGAUAAACCUCCAGAAAAGGAAUCUACAUCUCUGGACAAGAAACGAUGGAGCCUGGAAAACUUUGACAUUGGUCGUCCUUUAGGGAAAGGAAAGUUUGGGAACGUUUACCUGGCCAGAGAGCGACAAUCCAAGUUUAUCCUGGCUCUGAAAAUGCUGUUUAAAACCCAGCUGGAGAAGGCAGGUGUGGAGCACCAACUGAGACGAGAGGUGGAAAUCCAGUCACAUCUCAGGCAUCCGAAUAUCCUGAGGCUCUACGGCUAUUUCCAUGACUCCUCCAGAGUGUACCUGAUCUUGGAAUAUGCUCCCAAGGGUGAAUUGUACAGUGAGCUGCAACGAUCUGGCAAAUUCAACGAACAAAGAAGCGCUACUUAUAUUACUGAGCUGUCGGAUGCUCUUCUGUACUGUCAUUCUAAGAAGGUGAUCCACAGGGACAUCAAGCCAGAGAAUCUUCUGCUCGGGGCCAGUGGGGAGCUGAAAAUUGCAGAUUUUGGCUGGUCUGUGCAUGCACCCUAUUCAAGGAGGGCGACUCUGUGCGGGACUCUGGACUACCUGCCUCCUGAGAUGAUUGAAGGCAGGAUGCAUGAUGAGAAGGUGGACCUGUGGAGCCUUGGAAUCCUCUGCUAUGAGUUUCUGGUGGGGACCCCUCCCUUUGAAACCAAGAGCCACGAGGAAACUUACAGAAAUAUUUCUAAAGUUGAUUUCAGUUACCCCCAGUUUGUUAGCGAGGGUUGCCGAGAUUUGAUCUCCAAGCUGUUGAAACACAACCCCAACCAGAGGCUGCCCCUGCCAGGCGUACUCACCCACCCCUGGGUCGUAGCAAACUCCACAAAACAGCCGACUGCCCCGUCGAAGAUCACACCUCCCACCCCACAGCCCAGCUCCAGCAAGUGAGGCAGCAGAGUGAAGACGAUGUGUCCAUUCCAGGCACAUGACCUAGUAUUCAAAUUAAUUCACUGCACAUGGCAAGCCACACAAAGCAGAUUCCUUCAGCACAUGCAAAACUAUAAGGGGCAAGAAUUAAC